AUGCCUUCUCAAAAGAACUCCAACGGCACCGGCCAGGUCAGCCACCGUCUGCGCAAUUUCUUCCGCAUGAACACUGGAGGUAGUACCGGCAGUGCCUCAAGCGAUAAGGAUAAGGACAAGGACAAGGAGAAGAACUCGACCUCUACCACGCCCGAUCCCUCGAAACCUCGUCACACAAAGUUCUUUAGUAAUACAGUUGGCCGCCUGCGCGCACACACCGUGGCAAGCGAGGGUAACCAGCUGGAAGAAGCCAUGAGUCCUACAGCUCACGCCAACCCUUAUUUCGCCCAUCAAGGCCAACCAGGACUGCGUCACCAUAAUUCCGACUCUGUUCCUCCGAGCCCCCCGGAUACGCCAAGUCUCAAAGUCCAUGGUCCCGAUGGCGCUCCUGCAACCGACCAAACUACUAGCGAAACCAAGGAGGAGCUUGCCCGGAGACUUAGAAGAGUCGCCAGCGCACCCAAUGCUCAAGGCUUGUUUUCCAAGAACGACCCCAAUAACGAGCGUCCCGCGACUGCCGAGCUUGGCAAAGAUCCUCUUCUUACAAGUUCUGGCGCGCUUGGCCUUAUAGAACCGGCCAAAACUCCACAGAACGAGGAGAUGCCUACUCAUGCCAACCCCGAAGACAUUCUGGCCGCUCUGCCUGCUCCUAAUAUGUCAAUGGCCUUCCGCCGAACUUAUAGUUCCAACUCGAUCAAGGUCCGAAACGUUGAAGUUAGCCCUUCUAGCUUCGACAAGAUAAAGCUUAUUGGAAAGGGAGACGUCGGCAAGGUGUACCUUGUGAGGGAGAAGAAGAGCAGCAGACUUUAUGCCAUGAAGAUACUUAGCAAGAAGGAAAUGAUCAAGCGAAACAAGAUCAAGCGAGCUCUUGCAGAGCAAGAAAUCCUCGCUACAAGCAACCAUCCCUUCAUUGUCACAUUAUACCACUCUUUCCAGUCUGAGGACUACCUUUACCUGUGCAUGGAGUACUGUAGUGGCGGCGAGUUCUUCCGCGCUCUCCAAACACGACCUGGAAAAUGCAUUCCCGAGGAGGAUGCUCGAUUUUACGCCGCUGAAGUGACAGCAGCGUUGGAGUACCUGCAUCUUAUGGGAUUUAUUUACCGUGAUCUGAAACCAGAGAACAUUCUGCUUCACCAAUCGGGCCAUAUCAUGCUUUCAGACUUUGACUUGUCCAAGCAGUCAGACCCUGGUGGCAAGCCGACUAUGAUCGUUGGCAAGAAUGGAGCUCGCACGGAUGCCUUACCGACCAUCGACACACGUUCAUGUAUUGCCAACUUCCGAACCAAUUCUUUUGUAGGCACAGAAGAGUACAUUGCGCCGGAAGUGAUUAAGGGUAGUGGCCAUACAAGCGCAGUCGACUGGUGGACACUUGGCAUCCUCAUUUACGAAAUGCUUUACGGCACAACGCCUUUCAAGGGCAAGAACCGUAACGCAACUUUCGCAAAUAUCUUGAGGGAGGACAUUCCCUUCCCUGACCAUGCUGGUGCACCACAGAUCUCCAACCUCUGCAAAUCUUUGAUAAGGAAACUACUCAUCAAGGACGAAAACCGACGACUUGGUGCCCGAGCCGGUGCAUCAGACAUCAAGGCGCAUCCAUUCUUUAGAACGACACAAUGGGCACUGAUUCGACACAUGAAACCACCGAUUGUCCCCCAUGCCGGACGAGGAGUUGAUACCGUCAACUUCCGAAACGUGAAGGAGAGCGAGAGUGUUGACCUUUCGGGAUCAAGGGCGAUGAACCUGAAGGGAGUGCCUUUGGACAGUGGACUGGCUACUCCUGGUGGUGAAAUCGCCGAUCCAUUCCUUGAGUUUAACAGUGUCACAUUGCACCAUGACGGUGAUGACGAUCACCACCGCUGA